AUGUUGGGUGUUUUUGUCAAGGCUGCGUUGCGGCCUGGCAUAGUGAAGCCAUGUCGCCUGGUCAGACCCGUUAUACAGAUCCCAGAGAGGUCCAUGAUGCACCAGGAGGGUUUACCUAAGCUGCCUGUGCCGCCCUUGAAGCAGACAUUGGAGAGAUACCUUAAUGCGCUGGAGCCCAUUGUCAGCGAGGAGGAGCUGGAACACACACGGCAGCUGGUGAAGGAGUUCCUUGAGGGUGGUGUUGGGAGUAGGCUGCAGAAAAGCCUGGAGCGACGGGCAAGCAAGACCAACAACUGGCUUUCAGAAUGGUGGAUGCAGUCGACCUAUCUCGAUUGCCGGAUGCCGUUGGCGGUUUACACCAGCCCUGGGGUUAUCCUGCCCCGCAUGCACUUCAGAGAUCGACAAGGACAGAUGAGGUUUGCUGCAAAACUGAUCGCAGGAGUUUUGGACUUUAAAAAAAUGAUUGACACUGAUACCCUGCCUAUAGAGUACCUGAGUGGGAAGCCGCUGUGCAUGGACCAGUAUUACAAGAUCCUGUCCUCCUGCCGUAUCCCGGGCCCAAAGAGAGAUACUGUUGUAAAUUACCACAGCGGGAAUACACCUGUCACUCACAUCACUGUGGUCCACAACUUCCAGUUCUUCGUCUUAGAUGUGUACCACAGCGAUGGCACUCAGCUGACAGUAGAUCAGAUCUACAUGCAGCUGGAGAAGAUCUGGAACUCCUCUCUGCAGACUAACAAGGAGCCUAUUGGCAUCCUCACAUCACAGCAUCGAAACACCUGGGGAAAGGCCUAUAACAAUCUGAUAAAGGACAAGACAAAUAAGGAGUCAGUCCGUGCCAUCCAGAAAGGUAUCUUCACAGUUUGCCUUGAUGCCCCGAUGCCACGCGUGUCAGACGAGCUGUAUCCGAGCCGUGUGGCUGCACAGAUGCUGCAUGGAGGAGGAGCUCGCUGGAACAGUGGCAACCGCUGGUUUGACAAGACCUUACAGUUCAUUGUCGGUGAGGACGGCACAUGUGGACUGAUGUACGAACAUGCUCCUGCUGAGGGUCCACCCAUCGUGUUUCUCAUCGAUUUCGUUGUUAAAUUAAUGCAACGAGCUGAAAUUGUUCGGACUCCCAUGGUUCCCCUGCCCAUGCCUCAGAAACUGCGUUUUAACAUUACGCCUGAGGUCAAAAGAGACAUUGAGAGUGCUAAACAAAACAUGAACAUAAUGGUGCAUGACUUAGACGUGAGGGCCCUUAUGUUUUCUCAUUUUGGGAAAAGUGUGCCAAAGAAACAUAAGCUGAGUCCAGAUGCCUUUGUGCAAAUGGCUCUUCAACUUGCCUACUUCAGGAUGUAUAAUAUUUGCUGCUCUACACAUGAGAGUGCAUCAUUGCGAAUGUUCAAAUACGGGCGCACAGAUGUUGUCCGUGCUACUACUGCAGACUCGUUUAAAUUUGUUGAGGCAAUGCAAGACCCAACUAAACAGAACACAGAGCGGAUGGCGCUGCUGCAGGAGGCCGCUAAGACGCAUAAGAACAACACGUACGAAACAAUUCAUGGACAAGCCAUAGACAGGCAUCUCCUGGGGCUAAAGAUGCUGAGUAUUGAAGAGCUGACCUCCAUGCCUGAGAUAUUCAUGGAUACCUCUUUUGCUGUGGCUGAGCAUUUUCAUCUCUCCACCAGCCAGGUUGGCUCCAAGACAGACUGUGUGAUGUGCUUCGGUCCAAUGGUGCCAGAUGGCUAUGGAGUGUGUUACAAUCCCAUGGAUGAGCACAUCAACAUCGCCAUCACGGCCUUCAACAGCUGUGACGAGACGAAUGCUGCCAAGUUUGCCCGGGCUGUGGAGGAUGCUCUGUUGGACAUGAGAGCUCUCCUGGAAGACACAGCUACAGCCGAGCAGUGAUCCCACAGCGGAGCCUGGCGAGGUGUUUGUGUCCCGCCGGGCUGAACAGGAGCUGGAACUGAAUGCUGGCAGAGGGCCACGCUGACGUAGACACAGAAUGUACUGGGUGUACUGGGAUGAGGGGAAAUGUGUAGCCAAAGGGUCGUGGGAAGUGCAAUUUGUGACUGCUUUUGUAAUGAGAAGCAGUUCUUUAUGGUGGAAAUUAGAUAUUUUAACAUUAACAUAAUUUGCUGAUUGGAUUUUGUGAUAUUUCUUUCGCUUGUGCCAUAUUCAUGAUACUGUCCUUGUUUGACUUAAAGAACUUGAGUGCUUUG